AUGCCCGCCCGCCCGCCCUCCCCGCGCAGCGGGGCCCCGGCCUGCCGCAGGGCCGCGGCGCUGCGCACCGGCAGGGAAAGCAGCUCCCAGAAGCUGCCGGCCGGGACCGUCAGCGCCCAGCAGCCUCCGAGGCGGCGGCAAGGAAGGUCACGGGCGCAGCCGGGGCCGCAGGGAAAGCGAGAGAAACGCGCCAGACCAGAACGAGCCCGGCCGAGGUGCUGGCUGCCCCCAGGCCCCGGCGGGACGCGGCCCGGCAGCCCGCCGCGGCCGCGCAGGGCGCAGCCUGGCGGCCCCCUUGCCCCGGGGCGGCCCCUCGGCCCGGGCCCCCGCACCUCCGCCGGCGGCCCCGUGCCGCGUCCCCCGCCGGCCACUUUCUUCGGGGCCGUGGCGCCGGGCAACCCGGUGAUAGACACCUUCGAGGGCGAGCUGCGGGACGUCCUGGGCUUCCUGCGGCGGCUCAGAGGCGCGGGGAAGGCCGAGCCGCGGGAGCAUGACCUGCACCGCCGCGGAGCAAACACUUUGUUUAAUAUUUGGAUCAAAUAUAAGCCUCGACUGCCAGACUGGUAUUACAAUGAAAAACUUCUGAAAGUUGGUGAUUCCCUUGCUCAGAUCAAAGAGUAUAAGUUGGCACUUCUACAGUGCUAUGGAAGAUAUCUUCAGCAGUUCAUUUCUGUAAACCUCGAUGAAAUCAUAGAUGAUGUGAAUCAAUUUAAAUCCACCUUUUUCCCAAAUGGUUUCAGAGAUAAAAAUGCAGCACUUACGUUCCAUGCUUUGCAAGAGAGGAAUGUUUGCAUUUAUCAAAUGGUUUGCAGCAGUGACAGAAAUCUCCAGAAUCAAGAGUCUCUGCAGACUUGUUUCAAUGUCUUGUCCUCAUUACGACUCACUAUGCAAGUGGCUCUACCUCAGGAGAAUUUGUGUUGGCUUAUCUACAAUGGUACAAUUCAUAUUUACAUGAUAUGCAGACAUUUGAUGAUGAUAGGUCACUCUGCUAAGGUCCUGGAAUACUUACUAUGGGCCAGUAUUUGUAUGGAAUCAUCCAUUCCACUUCUAUCUGUACACUAUUUGACAUGGAGAGCCACUCUUUAUACUGCAGUUUCUCAGUGUUAUUAUGAUUGUCAAGCCAACAUUAAUGGAGAGAUAUUUGCUCGACGUGGCCUGAUGAAAAUUGAUGAACUGAAGCAAUUAGAAAAUAUGAGUUCUUCACCAGGAAAUUCAGAAACCAAAAAGAUUUUUAGAGAGGCCACUGUAAAGAUGACAGUAAUGAUUUUCAAAAGAUCAGUAUAUGAAUCCAGAAGAAAACCCAAAAGCUACUUCCGACCUAAGUUACGAGUUAACCUAAAAGAAGCACAAAAUUUGCCAUGGCCUCGCACUGCUACUGAACGGCUGCUGACGGAAAUGUUUGAUGGUUCUGCAGCUCAGUUCCUUGCCAUCCUGGAAGCUCUAUCUGAUAGCAGCAGACAUAUGCUGCGCCCUGCCCCACCCGUCCCUGAUGAAAUUGAAAUUCGUGAUGUGAUUUCAGAGCUUUUUUUUGCAGGCAUGGAAAUCCUUUCAGGUGGAGUGAGCAGUACUGGUAAUCAAGGAAGACACUGCACUGAUCAUUUUGGUAUAAGUGCAUCAUCAACUCUUCUGCAGUUGAUAUUAAGAGGAGAAAAUGCAGUGUCCGGAGAUGCUGCUGUGAAAUUUGUAAAAUUUGCUUUCAGCUAUGAAGAGUGGGAUGUGUUUGAUUCUUCUAUUGGAUUAGUUAUUAAUUUUCUUCAGGUUCAAGAUGACCCAAGAUGGAAGAAAGCAGAAAUGGAACUCAAACUUCUUACAGUGAUGCAGCCUUUAGUAUUUCAAAAAAAACUGAAGCGUGGUUUUUCAGUCAAUGAAAAUAAUAUCAGAGAAGCUGGCAUGCCUUUUGGUUCUGGAAAGAAACAAACGUUAAGAAGUGAGCAUUAGGGAUCUGUAAAGUACGGAGAGCCAUCUGAUGAUCUUAUCGUUUUGGCAACAACAGUGUUUUCCUGUAUCUGUACGUCUAAACAGAAUCUCCAGCCUGACAAAGAAAUACUUGUUGAUGUAAUAACAUUUUUGUGGCAGAAGUGUAAAGCAGGACUUCAGCGAAUCCAAAUGAGUGGAAGUGACUAUUUAAAAUAUAUCCACAAAUACAAAGCUUACAAAUGGGUUCAUGUACUUUGGAUAAUAAAUGAAGUAAUUCAGAAGACUAGCGUAGCAGACACUAAUGUUGUCAUGCUAGUAGAGAUAACCUUACGUCUAACUGCAAUAUUGGAAAACGUAGCAGAUUGUGCACAUAAAUCUGGGAGGAAAGCAGAAGAAGGAAGUGCCUCUCUUUCACAAGAUGAAACCUGUGAAAUUCCUGAAAUACUGAUGAAAAGCCCUAUAGAACAAUUGCAAGUUGCUUAUGAAAGCCUUGAAAAAGCGAUUAAUGGAAUGAAUAGAUGUCGCUUAAUGACUCUUCUACCAGAUGGAAAAUCAAUAUUUGACAGCUGCUGUACAAAGGUGGACCUAGAUGGCCAGAAUUUGAAUUUGUCUUUAGGAUGGGAUAAGGAUAAACCAGAAGCAGGUAAUAGUUUUGUAAUAGAUCUACACUUGGAGCUUAUUCAGGCCCAGCAUCGAGUAGCUGUGAAACUUCUUAAACUGAUACAAGGUGUUCAAAAGGAUGACAGAAAUCUGAAGUCUAACAAAUCCCAUAGGAAGAAUUUAAAAGAGUGUCCUUAUUUAACAGAGACAGCUAUAUUGAAAAAAAUAAAAAAGAAUAAGUUAUCUAGAGCAAUAUUUUUGAUGCAAAAGGCUUCACAGAUGUUCCCUAAAGAGUUAACCACCUCUUCUCAAAGGCAUCUACUUAAGGAAGCACUAACUUUAAUUGAACAAGUUGAAGCUGAACAGAGUACAUUGUAUCGCAGUCUAAAAGAAGUUAUGAACAGCAAGAAAAAAAGCAAAACUCCUCCUCCUCCUAUAUUACUUUCUAGAUCACAUUGCUCCAUGAUAUUUAAACCAGCUCCGUUCUCUUCAGAUGUUCAGGUUUCAUGGUACAGUAUUUUGGGCUGUGUAGCAGCAGGAAAUAAUAUGAAAGUAAGGUUAAAUAACAAUAAACUUCCAAAUGCAGGAGAAGAGAUACCAGCUGAUGGGAAAAGCCUCUUGGAAAUACAAGGCUUGGAUCCGAAUGAAAAGUACAUAUUUGCAGUUGCAGCAUAUUCUUCUGAUGGAAAACUUAUUGGUGAUGCUAUUGGGGAAAUGACUAAACCAAUCCUUGCUUAUCCACCUCUUUCUGCUACUACUGUUCGAGCCUAUCUAACUCAGGUAGCCUACCAGACUGGAAAUUAUACAUUAGCUAGAGAAGCAUUUACACCAAUGUGGGAUUAUUUUGUUUCAAAUGCUUCCCCUCCACCUGCCAAUACAACUGUUAUUUCUGCAAGCGGAAAUUUGACUAUAUCUGAAAACAGAUUAUGUUUUGAGGCUGUGUCUCAGACCUCUCCUAUUGCCUUGCAACUAUUUCUGAGGAAUAUAUUUGCUAUUAGUGACAUUAAUAUUAUGGAAGGAGCACUAUUCUGUGAUUCCAUCUGUACCAAUGAGAUACUUUAUGAGGAACAAGUUGGUAGAUUAGCAGAAUGUGAAAGAUUGGCUGUGGCAAUUGAACUUAGUAAUUGGUUAAAUGACGCAAGCUAUGCCCUGCAGGCUGUUGUACAAUGUUAUGGUCUCCUUGCUCCGAUCAUUUAUCACAAGAUUUCUUCCGUAGCGGUAGUUCAGAUCCUCAUUAAAUGUUUGGCAGUCCUUCAAGAAAUCCCAAGUGCUACUUUGCAGAGGAAACAGGCAGGAUGUUAUGAGAGUGUUCAGCAUAUGAUAGCUUGUGCUUCAUUUUAUACAGCAAAGGUACUACGUUCAUGGAAGGAAUAUGAACUAGCAGUAAUUGUUGUUAACUACGGCAAAAAAUUGUUGGGUCCCCCACUCUGCCAGUCAGGAGCUGUGAAAACUGAAGAAACACCUGCUAACGCAGAAGUUGAAAACAGUUCUACAAAGAUACUCCAUUUAGCUGCAAUGGAAAAAGCAACAGAAAAUCUAAGUGCUCUCGAAUCAAAUCUACUCAAACUGACAAAACCAGCACCUGGAUCAGAGCUUACAGGACAGGAAGAUCCUUUGUUCCUCUACCCUGUAAUUUCAUGUUGGACAGCAAAGAAUGCUUAUCGAGAAGUGAUGAAAUUCAGAAAGAAAUCACGUUUUCUUGAGUACUUUGUUCAAGUUUUGCACAAACUCCUGAAUGAAGAGAAGUAUCAAAAAGCUCUGGAGUGGGCAAGCAAUGUGCAAGUUUACUUAAAAAGGAGGAAUGACCACCUUCUCUGUAUUGAAGGAACUUUAAGACCAGAAACAAGUUUUCUCACUGUGCAUGAAAGCACAAAGAGGUGCACUACAUCAGUUCUGGAGUUGCACAAAAGUUUGGAGAUCUCACCUUCAAAGAAACUAGAGGCAUCAACUUUGAAGAAACCAGGAAAAGAAGCCGUUAGCCCUGUUAGAAAAGGGCAGACUCUUAGACAGUAUUUCAUGAAACAUCCGAAUGUAAUGAAAUCUCCAAAAUCACAAAGGCAACACAAGGAGGAGCUGCAAAAGGUAGCUCGUCACACCUUAGUCUUAUUCUUGAAACCACUUGUGAGUAGUUACUUAAACCGAAGGAAGUUCCACCAAGCAUGUAUUGAGGAAAUGCCCUGGAGGUCUCAGAUGAAUAUUUAUCUGGCAAUUGCACACUACAACUUGUUUAAGAAGAAAUUGGAAGAGCAGUAUGAUAUUGGAAUUUGUGGUUCACAGACUCAUAACAGUUACAAUUUUCUGGAUCCUGAAAUAUUCUCCUUAAAUAAUUCUGGCAUUAUAGUGGUGAGAGAAGACAUGGAGGAUAACAUAAGAACACCAACUCCUCUUCCCCUUAAGAAGCCGCAUUCAGGAGUGAUCAAAAAAAAAAGUUAUACAGCUAAAUCUUCUGAGCACAGCUCUAAAUCGAGUGGGACAGAUACUCCUCGAACUCAAAUGACAAAUGAUUCAGAAAUAUCCAUCUCAUUUUCCCCCAGAGAGCAUGACCGGUUUCUGUCAAAAACUGUUUUUUCAGAGCAUUUUACAAAAAUCUUUCUUCAUUUAAGGAAAGCAGUGGUUCUUGCUCAUCGUGGUGGCCACUGGACAUUGCUUCAAAAUGCUUGCCGAGAACUUUGGAACUAUGCUCAAGAAGCACAAUCAAUUGCUAAAUAUUCACGUUCCCAUCCAGGUGCAUUUCCCAUUACCAGAAGUUUUGUUAGGGACACCAUCUGGUUGCCAUUUUAUUUGGCAUCAGACAUGAUCAUUAAUAUGAUAACUGAACUACAAUCAAGUAAUUCUCUUAAGAUUGUGGAUCCUGAAGGAGAUUUCUGCAUUCCUAGUUGUUUAGGAGGUAUAACUGAUGAGAAUGGUGGUUCUAAUCUCCAUCCGCAGUCUCCUCUGGACGAUGUGAAUGUGGUUGACUUGAGGUGGAUAUGUAAUCUGAUCCUUAACACAAUUGAGCUGUUAUAUCAAAUGAAGAAGUGGGAAGCGCUGGUACACAUAGCUGUGCAAUUUAACAUAUUUACACAUGAGAGAUAUACAGAGCAAGUGAGUCCACUGUUGGUGUAUGCUCAGAGGCAGCUGCUAGAAAGGAUACAGCAAGUCCGUGGCCUACAUACUCCUAAAUCUCAUUUCAUAAAAUAUUUGACUGAUAAUGCAGAAAAGAUGAGCUGCAGAAACUACAUAGGAAAUCAACUGCCUGUUGCCCAUUCACCUAGUGAACUGAUUUUUCCUGGAUGCUUUUGCUCUCCUGAGAUGAAAAGUGAUUAUACAAAUUGCAGUCAAGCAAAAGCACUAGUUUAUGUACCUCUUGAUGUGAAUGACACACUGAAAUGUUUUAGAGAAACUCUAGAAAAAUCUAAAUAUCACAGCAGAGCACUGAGACAUAGCAGAAAACUACUUUCAUUAUUUCUUGCACACACACAAGAAAAUAUUGGAAGAACAAUCAGUCAGAACUCUUCAAGCAGAAGGCUGGAAUUUAGUGUGGGAGCUGAGCUGACAUUUGUGCCGACACCAUGUGAUCUUUCUCAAGAAAAAUUUAAUUUCUCCAGUAUGGUUGAGAGUAAACCAAUACCACAGUCACAGCUUUCAGUCAUUAUUUCUUCCUAUGAAAAAACAAUUGGAAUCCUUGAAAUAAACAACCAGAGAGACCUCAAGGUUCAGGCUCUACAUGAACUUGGAAAUCUUCACUUCUAUGCUGGCAACAAAAGAGCUGCUUUUAAAAACUGGUGUCAAGCCCUUGAUGAAACACUCAACAUUGCUGAUGCUAUUAACAACUGGCAGGAAUUAGUUGUUUCGAAAAAUGCUACAAACUGCCUUGCAGUUGAAAGAUCUACUGAUGUGAGUCAGAAAUUUCUUUCUCAGGCUGGAAUUUGGGGCUGUUUACAUGCAGCAGUUUUAGUAGCCAAGAUAGCCCAGUAUAUCAUAACAUCAAAGAUGAGAUUAAGAACUAAAUGCUGCUAUUUUUCUGCUGUACUCUUUAAGGCCCUGUUUAGAGCUUCUCUUCCACAUCCAAUAUCUGACUGUGACUAUGCACAAUAUGAAAUAAAUAUGCUUAUUCCUGGCAUUGACUUGUUCUCUGAUCGCUACAGAGCUGAUAUCUCUACUGUAAUUGCAAGUCUGAAUUUCGUUAUGUUUGAACUACAUUGUGCAAAACAAAGUUUAAUAAUCUUACCACUGUUCACAUUGUACGACUAUUUUGUUUCUGAGAUUUGUCGGGACCCAGCUAAAUGUAUUGAAGGAAGAAUCUUCAAGAUUAAAGUACUUACAGAUAUAGGAUUCUUUACGGAGGCCUUUCAUGAACUGUCUUUGCUUAAUUGUGGCGAAAGAAUUCCAUGGAAAAUACCUGCAGGCUAUAGGCCAAUUGAGCAAAAGAAGGCCUUUCAGCAAUUUGACUCCUCAAAAUCUCUCCUGACUGUUACAAAUUUACAGGUUCUAGAAGAUAUAUUUAACUGGAGUCUGUCUUUAGCAAUGGUUCCACUGUGCAAUCAACAAAUUAUGAAUAAGUUAACCUUAGCCAAAAUGCAUUUCAUCAUUUCCCUUUCUGCCACAAUAAAUAAUAUACCUGAAAAAGUGGAAAAAAACAUAUAUUCUAUUGAUAACAGAAGCUUGAGAAAGCCAAGAAGAGCUAUGGCAUCAAAUACAAAAGUCAAUGCCAAUACGAAUUCAAGAAAACGGGAACCAAGAGGCACAUUGGUGCAGCUAGUUGACUGUAAAGGUGAAUUAAACAUGGCCAUGCUGAAGGGGAUUUUACUGACAGAAGCUGAAGAAAAUCUUAAGUGUCUUGUGCAGUACAUACAGAACAAAUAUGAUGGGAAGAUUUCCUGGUGUUCUGCUGAAGAAUUAGAGGCUGUUAUUGAGGCCAAGCUUCAACUUGCAGCUAUUUCUCAGCAAAGGCAUCAAGCAGCUUUCAGUGUUGCUUUGGCUUUCUCUGCAAUUCGACUUCUCCAAGAUGCAAACAUUUUUAGGAUGGAAGUGACACAUUUUCAAGAAAAAAAACAAGGAAGGGAAUAUUUGGAUUCUUGCACUGAAGAUGUUCGACUGCCUCACAGUAUAAUAGCACAAGAUCAUAUGAACAUACGUCUGUGGCUAAAGUGUCAUGCGAUGUUAGCAUCUGCAUUAGUAACACACAUACAUGGUGUUGCUGAUAUGGAAGCAAACGAUAUGGUGGAACAGAGAACUCUGAUAAAAGAAGUAAUGCUAGAGGCAGAAACCUUUGGUGAUAUUGAGACUCAGGCUGAUAUGAUGGUUCAAACUGCUAUUCUUGACCUGCAAGAAAGACAUCCCGUGGCAGGAAUUAAACAACUUCUGCAGAAUAUCAUCACUUUACUCCAAGAGGAGACAUUCAUUUCCCCUCCAGCUUCUUUGACCCUUGCGAAAAGUAUGCUUCUGCUGGCAGACAUAUUAGCGCAGCAAACAGAGGACACCGAACAUCAUUCUUCCACAGUGGAACCAUUAAACUUACUAAUUUUGGCACAUGAACUUAUUGUUAAAGCAAUUUUUCUAUAUGGAGAACCAAUUGAACAGCAGAUAGAAGACAGUACCCUUGCUUGUCCAGUCCUACCUCCAAAAAAUAUCUACCUACCACAUAUCAACUUGCUAGCACAAGUCAAAAUGAGAAUUGGAUGCACAUUAGCUGAAAAAAUAGCUUCUCUUUCAGAAGAAAGAGAAGAUCCGCUGCAAUGGUUGCAUGCUCUCAAACAUUUAGAAUCAGCAUUGGAGCUUUGCAGGUCAUCUGCAACAAAAAAAUUAGAUAUGGAAGCUGAACUUCUUUUUCAGAUAGGUAAGGUGGAGUGCCAGAUAACUGAAGCGGGUAACAACAAGUCAUGUUUAGCUGUUGAGAACCUCUUGGAGGCUAUAAAAGUGAGCCAGCAACAUGACCAAAACUUUGAGUUAAUAAGGAGAUCAUAUCUUGAAAUAGCACUAUUAUAUUUGCAUUUUGCCAAAGUUAAAGAGGAUGUGUCACAGACAGAUGAGAUGGUGCCUUCCAAAUUAAGGACAUCUUCUGAAGAACUUUUUUCUCCUGAGAAAGCACUGUUAUCAGAAGGUUACAAAGCACAGGCCUGGAUUGCAGUAAGAGCAGCCACACAGGUCAGUGAAGCUGUGCUUGCUUCUCAGCUAUUAAUUGGAAGAAAGAGCGUUAAAGAACGCAAUGUGAGGGAUACAGUGCAACAGAAAAUCCCUGAAUUUGCUUCCGUGGAUCUUCUUGCUUCAUACAAAGAUUUCUUAUCUGAUGGAUACAACAUUAUCUUGAAAGGUCCCACGACAUCUAAAAACAAACACAUCGUACAAAACAAGCAGAAGCGAAGUGAAGGAACAGAAUGUCUUGCCACCAAGGCCAGCCAGAAGAAACAGACCAUAACAUGGGUUCACUUAAUUCGCUACCACAUUUAUUUAAAAAGACUUUACAACCCUCUAUUUGCUUCCCUUAGAUCAGGACCUGGAUCAUCAUCUGCAAGAGAUGGACACUUCAGUUCUGUUUUUGAUGCAGGGAUUGUUCUACGCAUAGCAGAAAUGCAUGUCUUCUUUAAAAAGCAUUUGUUUGAAUAUUCAGUGUGUUGUCUUGAGGAUUUCCCAAAAGAACUAUAUUAUGUAGAAAUGCCACUUGAUAGUUCAACUGAUUCUUCAAAGAUGCCUCCCGAAAGUACUGGAAUUUCACCAAAAUUUUCACGUGUGAGAAUAGCUAGUCCUGUUCCUGUCAUUAUGGAAGCAGACAGUCACACAGAGAGCAGGGCAGCAAAUGCUUCAAUUAAGGAGCUGAGCAUUCAGUGGUACAUUCCUUCUCUGGCAAAGCCAUCAGAUGAUACAGAAGUUAAGGUUUUGCUGCUUUAUGCUUAUAAUACAAAGCCUGUCAAGAUUAGCAAUAUUAAGGUUUUCAGUUCAGUGUCUGUAUUUUCAGGCCACUUGUGGAUCCCACUGGCUAGAAUUUUUUCUUUACGGGAGGAAUUAUCUAAUCUGAAGCAGCAAGUUGAAAUAUUGAUGCAAAGUUCUAAAAGUUUGUCUUCAGUCACAGAAACUACAAGUUUUCCUGAACAAAAUAAAACCCUGCAAAUAAUUCCUUCAACAAAAGCCAAAAUGAAUAUUGCAAAAGUGCAUCUUGAUGAAAAAACAGAAGAAAUGGCUAAAAGAUGUUUGUCUGAAGUAAAAGCACUGCUGUCUGUUGUUCCAGCUCUAUCAUUGCCAUUAACUGAGGUCCCAUUUGAUGUUACUUUGCAAUCAAUAGCAGAUUUGGAAAGCAUGUUUGAUCCUGCCAAUGGAUGUGUAAUAACUGAAGAAAGUCUUUUUAGCUGGAUCACAUCUCUGCUUCAGUAAUUUCUAUUUUUGCAAAAACUUAAAUCAGUUGCUGAUGCCAUAGAUUUAGGCUUAAGUUCUGUUGUUAGGGAAACAAUAGAAAGUUUGCCAGUGACUAUAAAUCACACCAGGAUUUGGCUGCUAAUAUCCCUUUUCUUUUUCAUGU